AUGGAUAACAUAAACAAGACGCUUUUCAAUUAUACCCCUCCUCUGAUUGUUUCCGAAGUCAAUGAUUACAAGCGUUUGUACGAAGAGUUGCAUUCAUUAGGUUCGGGAGCUUUUGGGGAAGCCAAUGGAACGAUGAAAAAGUGUAUUACAUUCAAAUGGAGUUAUGUUCUCAUAGUCUGCAGAAUAUUCUUCAACACAAACCACAAGUAUUUGGUCGACAACCGGGAGAACCCAUGA